CUCGUCGCCCACCAUGGUGGGCCCAGCCUCCUGUGGGACAGGCACAGAGUGGGACAGCCAGCAAUGCCACCAGUGCUCCUGGACACUGAUCCCAGGCAGAGAUCCCAACCACUGCCCAGCUCCCGUCUGCCCCAGCCAUGCCCACUCCCUUGGCCGCCUUUUCCACCCUGGAAUGGCUGUCUGGGGACGAGGGAAAACCAACUGCGAGGACAAGAGGGGCUGUCCCUUUGGCGUUCGUGGGAUCCUGCUGCAAGUUUCCCAAGCCAGGCCGUGCCCGGGGCGCUGCUCCCGGCGGGCAGGGGCGAGGGAGCCGUGCCCAGCCCCCUGCCGAGGCAGGACGAGCUGCUGGAGCGCCUGGACUUCGUGGUGAGGAACGUGGCGGAGCUGAGGAAGGAGGUGGAGGAGCUGCGGAACAGCCUGCAGGACCUGGCGGUGGAGAUCGUGGGGGAAGUCAGGACCCACCUGGAGGAAACCCAGCGUGUGACUCGCAGGAGGAAGUUCCCCUUCUCCAGGGACAGAAGUGACUCCACAUGCUCCAGCUCUAUUUAUUUCACAGCCAGCUCAGGGAAUCCCAACACAGAUGAUGGAGAGAGUGAAGGAGGUUACACCACGGCCAACGCCGAGUCCGACUACGACCGCGAGUCGGAGCGGGAGAGCGAGGACGAAGUGAGCUGUGACACAGUGAGGACCGUGCGCAGGGGCUCCCUGGACCUGGUCCCCGAGGAUGAAAGCCCUCUGCUCAUGGAUUCCACGCUGGAGGAGGGGCUGGGGCAGCUCCUGGAGCAGGCUGACCGCCUGCACAGCGGCGAUGAGCAGGACAGGAGAGAGGGCUUCCAGCUGCUCCUCAACAACAAGCUGGCGUACGCGGGGCAGCGCGAGUUCCUGUGGCGCCUGGCGCGGGCGCACUGCGACAUGUGGGAGCUGACGGAGGACGAGGACGAGAGGAGGUCCUAUGCCACAGGGGGGAAGGAAGAGCUGGAACUUGCCUUGCAGAAAUGGGAUCAAAGUGCUGAGUGCCACCAGUGGUUUGCCAUCCUUUGUGGGCAGGUGUCGGAGCAGGAGAGCAUUCCCAAGCGCAUCCAGGCUGGAUAUGUUUUCAAGGAACACAUUGAUAAAGCCAUUGCCCUGAAGCCACAGGACCCACAGCUCUACUAUCUGCUGGGCAGGUGGUGUUACCAGGUUGCCCACCUGGGCUGGCUGGAGAAGAGGACGGUGUCGGCGCUGUUCGAGGCCCCCCCGACAGCCACGGUGCAGGACGCGCUCCAGAACUUCCUGCGGGUCGAGGAGCUGAGCCCAGGGUUUUCCAAAGCAGGAAGAGUUUACAUUGCCAAGUGCUACAGGGACCUCGGGAACGCCUCGGCGGCGGUGCUGUGGAUGGACCUCGCCGCGGAGCUGCCAGGGUACACCAAAGAGGAUGCAGAAAGCGAGAGGGAACUUGAGGAGAUGCGCUCAGUCUGAGAGAAAUAAUUUUGGAAAAACUCAUCCCACUGCAGAGACAGUAAAAUUCCAAAUGGAUUUCAUGAUCCUGACAAUUACAAGUACACUUCAUGGAUAAGCCACAAGAGCUUACAGGAAAACACCCAGCAGCACAUCCAGGAGAACAUCUUGGAAUUAAUGGGAUAAAAUAGUGAUUUAUUUUCCUUUGCAGAGCACUGCGUGUGUAUGAUUUUAGGAUCCCUAAAAAUGUGACAUUCCUGGAAAAAAAAGGGGAAAUGUGGAGGUUUAUAGGUAGAGUUUGUGAUAUAAAAACAUUUGUGUUUUUUUAUAUAUAUAUGUGUCAGAGAUACGUGAGAUACUUUGUGAUAUAAAUAUGUAUUAUAUAUAUAUUUUUAUGUAUGUGUGUAUAAAUAUAUAUAUUUAUAUAUAUAUAUAUGCACAUAUAUAUAUAUGCACAUAUAUAUUUUAUAUCACACUCUUUGCCUGUCAGAAAUCCUGGCUGGUGAGCUCCCAAUUCAUUCCUGAGGAAAACUUGAGCCAAAUUUUUUUCCAAUUUAUUUGUAUUGUCUUUUCCAUAGUAAUUAAGGGAAUCAGUUGUAAUAACUGUUUAAUGGCUUUUGUCGACGUUUUGGGGAGAUCAGUUUCCAAGUGGGACCAAGGAACUUCUCUGCACAAUCCAGAUUGGAUGUUAAGAGGUUCAUUAGUCAAAGACGUGAGGAAUAGGAUUUUAAACUUCAGGAUUUUCUCCCAGUGAUGUUUCUGUCUUCCUUCACAUGAGGCUGAAAACUUCUGUCCUUCCAAACCGUGCUGCCGUGGUUUAGGUGGAAUGACUUGAGUUUGGGAAGUAGUUCUUGAUCAGAGAACAGGCCACAGGGGUGGGAAUAUCCUGUGGCAAAGAUGCUGUUUCGCUGUGAUGAACUUCUGCCACUGACCAGAUUAAUUCUCUUCGAAUUAAUUAUCUCCUGGACUAACGAGGCGACGCCGAGGAGGUGAAGCUGACGGCUGACAUUCCUCUUGCAGCUCCUGGGGACCAAACAGGAACAGGGAACUGUGCUGGAUGCUGACACACAUGGGGAAGGAAAAUGUGCUGUGGAAUUCCCCACAUAUUUAUCAAGGCUUUGUUGAUAUCCCUUAAAAUUCCAAAGGCAGCUACUGAACACUAAUUCCUGAAUGUCUGUUUCAUGCUGGGGUGGUUGUGAGGGGUAAAGUGAGGAGUGUGUGAGUAAAACAUUCCUUAAAUCA